AUGCCGGCGGUACAGUUGUCGAUAUCGCCUCCGGUCAAAGACUCCAAAGACUCCCUUCCGAGUCCACUUCCCUCUCUUCUGCAAACACCCUCAGGACUCGCCAUUGUUGAGAUUCAAGGCACCAUCCAUGGCCCGUUCCAGCAUGCGGUAGAGGAUCCAAACCCUGUUGAGACUACACCAAUUGGUCGACUCGAAUUUCCAUUGUACAAUCCGCAGGAUCACGGCGAAGGAAAAUGGAUGAAGAAGGUCUAUCUCUACGUCGGCAAGCAUCAACGUCUCACUGGCGAAAUCAAGAAGUUAGCAAAGCCUUUAGCCGUGGUCCAGAAGAAGAAUGACCACGACGGAAUGCGACCCGACUCGACUGAGAGCCAGCCCAAUGACGACUUGGAGAUUGUCGACAUCGUCAAAUUCAAACUCCUCUUCAGUGGGAGGCCGGAGCCUGUGAGCGAGUGA